AUGACACGUGGAAGAUAUCAACAUCUUGCACCGCCACCGAAACUGGCUAAGGAAAUCGUCUUUGCUUUUUUGGAGUCUGUCGGAUUCAAGCUGGAAAAGCCUAGCCGAAAGAAGAAGUUCUGGACUGCGGUGGUGAAAGUGGACCUGAGGAUACUCGGUGUGGGUAGGGAGUUCAGGGUAAAGUUUGGACGGAUAUGGAAUAACGACGAAUGGAUUGAUUCCGUGCAAGCUCUCGCAGAAGAUCGAGAAUGUUGGGUAGAGCUGUGUUCAAGGACGACACACCUCGGCCAAGAUGCCAUGUAG